UUUUUCAAUGAUCCCUUCUUCAAUCAACUUCUUAAAGGAAGGGUGAAAGAAUUUUCAAACGAUCGAGGCAGUGUGUUGUAGAAACAGAGUACAUUUCCUUGUAGUCGGGGAAAUGAUAGCAAAGAAGACCCGGCGGUGAAUCAGUUGAGAGCAACGAUGACGUUGAUGUGCACAAUGCCGACAUACGGCCCCACUUUUUCCCUUCAAGUCUUUAACUGUACGUCCAAUGGAAACCCUAAUUUACGCCUCGAAUUUCUCUAAUCUCCCCCCUUUUGCAGUUCCUUUAAUUUCUGGCUGAAAAGUGAAUUUUUGACGGUUCUUUGGGUGCGAUUUGAUGUCGACUUUGUCAACUGAGGAGAACAAUACGGUCAUGUCGGAGGAGGAUUCUUGCUCGUACCCGGAUGAGUCUGAACUGGAAUUGGGGCUUGAAUUGAGCCUCGGAGGUGGCGGCGGUGGGAAGGCUUGGGUUAAGCCGCCGGCGGGAGCGGGUUCGAGGGAUCGGUAUGGGAUAAUCUUGACGGCUAAUGAAUCUCCUCCGGUGGUUUCUGCUAAAGCAGCUGCGUCAUCAUCGUCGUCUUCUUUCUCCCCUGUUGCUAAAGCUAAUAACAAUGGUGGUGGCACAAAAAGGGCUGCGGAGCCUUCUUCCCCUCCGGGUCGAUCUGCAGUGAGCAGUCGGGUUGUUGGAUGGCCUCCUGUCAGUAACCGUCGAAUGAAUACACUGGGAACCCAAUCUAAGUUACUGGCCACUGAGGACAGUGCUUCAACUGAACCCAAAUGCAGAGGCACCAGCAUCGGGAUGGAUAAAAUAAGUUACAGCAGCAACCAGAAUAAUAAUGUUACAAAGGAUAAAAGACUCCCCAAAACAUCAUUUUUUGUAAAGGUGAACAUGGAUGGGAUCCCGAUUGGGAGAAAGGUAGAUCUAAAUGCUCACAGCUGCUACAAGACCUUAGCCCACAUGCUGGAUGACAUGUUUAAACUUGAUGCAGCAGUUGUCACAAGACGAUCAAAUUUGGGAGAGCCUUUCAUUUUUAAUGGCACUGAACAAUCUCUGAGAUUGUUAGAUGGUUCGUCUGACUUUGUUCUCACUUAUGAAGACAAAGAAGGAGAUUGGAUGCUUGUUGGAGACGUCCCAUGGGAGAUGUUUCUGAGCUCAGUGAGGAGGCUAAGGAUUAGGAGAUCCACUGAAACUAUAUGACCCGCUGCAGCUACGGUCAAAACCAUCAAUAAGAUAAGUUUGGAAAGAAAACAAGAUCCUCAGGAAGCCGUAAAUGUGUGAGAAGUAGUGAUCCUCUUCUAUCAUCGAACUUGUUUUUAUUUCCAGCCAAAUCGUGUCUUGGUACUCUUUUGUAUGUUCGAAUUACUUGUGUCAUACAGGUAACUGUACAACUGAGAGCUGCCUUUCGGUGCAUUUUUAUUGUAGGAAUGUAUUCCUGUUGAGUUAUAGCUUUGCUAUGCUUCAAACUGGUGGCUUUCUGUGUUAAAUAAAGUGUUUCCAUUUUGUA